CCCCCCUCUCCUUCUCCUCCCUUCCUCCCCUCCAACAUGUCGGCGCCGGCGGCCAAAGUCAGCAAGAAGGAGCUCAACUCCAACCACGACGGGGCCGACGAGAUCUCAGACAAAGAGCAACAGGAAGCAAUUGAACAUAUUGAUGAAGUACAGAAUGAAAUAGACAGACUGAAUGAACAAGCCAGUGAGGAAAUUUUGAAAGUAGAACAGAAAUACAACAAACUCCGCCAACCAUUCUUCCAGAAGAGGUCAGAAUUGAUCGCCAAAAUCCCAAAUUUUUGGGUAACAACAUUUGUCAACCACCCACAAGUAUCUGCACUGUUGGGGGAAGAAGAUGAAGAAGCACUGCAUUAUUUGACCAGAGUUGAGGUGACGGAGUUUGAAGACAUCAAAUCAGGUUACAGAAUAGAUUUUUAUUUUGAUGAAAAUCCAUAUUUUGAAAAUAAGAUGCUCUCCAAAGAGUUUCACCUGAAUGAGAGUGGGGACCCGUCAUCAAAAUCCAGUGAAAUCAAGUGGAAAUCUGGGAAGGAUCUGACAAAGCGUUCAAGCCAGACACAGAACAAGGCCAGCAGAAAGAGGCAGCAUGAAGAACCAGAGAGCUUCUUCACCUGGUUCACUGACCAUUCUGAUGCAGGAGCUGAUGAGCUAGGCGAGGUCAUUAAAGAUGACAUCUGGCCAAAUCCAUUGCAGUACUAUUUGGUUCCUGAUAUGGAUGAUGAAGAAGGUGAAGGAGAGGAGGACGAUGAUGAUGAUGAAGAGGAGGAAGGACUGGAGGACAUUGAUGAGGAAGGUGAUGAAGAUGAGGGUGAAGAAGAUGAAGAUGAUGAGGAAGGUGAAGAAGGAGAGGAGGAUGAAGGAGAAGAUGACUGAACACUGAUAGAUUCCAACCACCCUCUAUCCCCCUCCUCUCUUUUUUUCCCCCCUCCAGUCCCUGGGAGCAAGUUACCGUCUAUUUCCCCCCUCCUUUUGUGCUCAGUCGCCUUGUUCUCUUGAGGUCUUUUUUUCCCUCUCUUCACCAUGGUUCACAAAUUUUUGGAGAAAAUAUCUUGAGCAGAAUACAGUGGAAAAGAAUCUACUCAUUUCAAUUUUUUUAUCCCUCUGUUUUGAAACAAACUGUUAAAUGAAAUCAACACGCCGUGUUCUGUGGGGAAGAAAGAGAACCUUCUGCUCCCUCCACUCUGCUGGAAGCUGAAGAGUGCUAGGCCCCUGUGUAGUAGUGCAUAGAAUCUAGCUUUUUCCUUCUUUCUCUGUAUAUUGGGCUCGGAGAUUACAUUGUGUCUCUAUGUGAAUAUGGACAGUUAGCAUUUACCAACAUGUAUCUGUCUACUCUCUUGUUUAAAAAAAAAAACGAAAAA